AUGAUGGCCAGGAAAGAUGAGCAGGAGUCCCCUAGUAUGAUCGUAGUCAUGGGCGUCACAGGAGCAGGAAAGAGCUACUUCGUAAAUCAACUCGCUGGCAAAGAAGUUGCUCAGGAAGGCCCAGACCUCGACCCUUGCACGCAGGAGUGUCAGGGGAUACCAGUUACGAUUGGCAACAGCAAAGUGCUCUUGAUCGAUACGCCGGGCUUUGACGACACCAACCGUACGGAUAGCGAAAUCCUGACUGAAAUCGCCCGUAUCCUGUCCGCGCAAUAUGAACUCGGCGUGCAGCUUAAAGGUGUCAUCUACAUCCAUCGGAUUACAGAUGUUCGCUACAGUCGAGCCGCAAUCAAGACUUUCGAGAUUUUCAAGAAAAUGUGCGGCCAGGAUGCUCUCAAGAACGUUCUUCUGAUCACCUCUCGAUGGGAUGGAAUUGACCCGUCCCUUGGCGCAGAGCGUGAAAGGCAACUGAAGGACAAAUUCUGGGCGUAUAUGGUCGGCCAUGGAUCGAACAUUAGCCGAUUCCACGGCGAUCGACCGUCAGCCGUCAGCCUUGUGAGCCAGCUCCUAUCCCGGGACGACGUGGUACUCCAACUGCAGAGAGAGUUGGUAGAUGAGGGGAAGGACUUGAAUGCCACCGUAGCAGGUGCUUACGUGGAAGAUAACCUGGAUAAGCUGAAGCAGCAGGUUCAGGAUGAGUUAGCUUCGCUUGAGAGGCUCAAGCGAGACUUGCUUGAAAAUGAUCGGGCCAUGAGACGGCAGGUUCGGCUAGACUGGGAGCAAGAGUCAGCGAGGCUGAAGGCGCUUCAGAAUCAGCAGGUCAGUCUCCAGCGUCCCGUUGGUACUGAGGUCCGUCAAGAGAUCAAGCAGAAGAGGUCCGGGCUGUCAAAAGUGAUGCCCUAUGUUCCGGUUACUAUUAGCAUACUGGCGGCCUUCAUGGGCAUACCUCCCGGUGUCACUGAGAUGUUUACUGGAUGGUUUGCUGACCUCGGGUCUAGUGGCGAUCCCUCUUCCUAAUAGAUGAUUAGAUGCACUAGCAAUCCUUAGUGCGCUGAUCUCGUUUGGUGGUGGAAACCCCCUACUCUUUGCAUAAUAUACAGACUUACACUUGAUUCGAAACACUGGUUCUACGUUCCUUGUAGGGGCUCGGUUGGCGUCUCCUGUGAUCCAAUGGGGUCUUCCUGAAAGAGCCGCAAUUGUGUUCUCGCAUCGCAAGGCCGCCUGGGCAUAGUCCAGAACUUUCAGCCAUGCGACACAAUAUAAGUCGGACCUUAUCGACGGGAUCGGCU